UUGUUACCCUGUUACCCUGUUACUUUGUUACCUUGUUACCCUGUUACCUUGUUACCCUGUUACCCUGUUACCUUGUUACCCUGUUACCCUGUUACCCUUUUACCCUAUUACUUUGUUACCUUGUUACCCUGUUACCCUGUUACCUUGUUACCCUGUUACCUUAAAACCCUGUUACCCUGUUACCUUAAAACGCUGUUACUCUGUAACCUUGUUACUCUGUUACCUUUUUACCCUGUGACCUUGUUACCAUGUUACCCUGUUACCUUGUUACACUGUCACCUAGUUACCCUUUUACCCUGUUACCUUGUUACCCUGUUACCUUUUUACCUUGUUACUCUGUUACCCUGUUACCUUGUUACCCUGUUACCCUUUCACCCUGUUACUUUGUUACCUUGUUCCCCUUUUACCCUGUUACCUUGUUACCCUGUUACCUUAAAACCCUGUUACCCUGUUACCUUAAAAUCUUGUUACCCUGUUACCUUGUUACCCUUUUACCUUAAAACCCUGUUACCCUGUUACCUUGUUACCCUGUUACCUUAAACCCCUUUUACCAUGUUACCUUGUUACACUGUCACCUUGUUACCCUUUUACCCUGUUUCUUUGUUACCCUGUAUCCUGUUACCUUGUUACCCUGUUACCCUGUAACCUUGUUACUCUGUUACCUUGUUACCCUGUUACCUUGUUACCCUUUUACCAUGUUACCUUGUUACACUGUCACCUUGUUACCCUGUUACCCUUUUACCCUGUUACUUUGUUACUUUGUUAUCCUGUUACCUUGUUACCCUGUUACUUUGUUACCUUGUGACUCUGUUACCCUGUUACCCUGUUACCUUGUUACCCUGCUACCCAUUUACCCUGUUACCCUGUUACCUUGUUAAUCUGUUACCUUGUGAAUCUGUUACCUUGUGAAUCUGUUGCCUUAUUACCCAGUUACCAUGUUACCCUGUUACCAUGUUACCUUGUUACACUGUCACCUUGUUACCCUGCUACCCUUUUACCCUGUUACUUUGUUAUCCUGUUACCUUGUUACCCUGUUACCUUGUUACCUUGUGACUCUGUUACCCUGUUACCCUGUUACCUUGUUACCCUGCCAGCCAUUUACCCUGUUACCCUGUUACCUUGUUAAUCUGUUACCUUGUGAAUCUGUGGCCUUAUUACCCAGUUACCUUGUUACCCUGUUACCAUGUUACCUUGUUACACUGUCACCUUGUUACCCUGUUACCCUUUUACCCUGUUACUUUGUUAUCCUGUUACCUUGUUACCCUGUUACCCUGUUACCUUGUUACCUUGUGACUCUGUUACCCUGUUACCCUGUUACCUUGUUACCCUGCUACCCAUUUACCCUGUUACCCUGUUACCUUGUUAAUCUGUUACCUUGUGAAUCUGUUGCCUUAUUACCCAGUUACCAUGUUACCCUGUUACCAUGUUACCUUGUUACACUGUCACCUUGUUACCCUGUUACCCUUUUACCCUGUUCCUUUGUUACCCGGCUACCUUGUUACCCUGUUACCCUAUUACCUUGUUACUCUGUUACCCUGUUACCAUGUUACCCUGUAACCUUGUUACUCUGUUACCUUGUUACCCAGUUACCUUGUUACCCUGUUACCAUGUUACCUUGUUACACUGUCACCUUGUUACCCUGUUACCCUUUUACCUUGUUACUCUGUUACCCUGUUACCAUGUUACCCUGUAACCUUGUUACUCUGUUACCUUGUUACCCUGUUACCUUGUUACCCUGUUACCCUGUUACCCUGUUACCCUGUUACACUCUAACAAGGUAACAGAGUGACAGGGUAACAGUUUAACAAGGUAACUGCUUAACAGGGUAACAAGGUAAAAGGGUAACAGGGUAACAAGGUAAAAGGGUAACAGGGUAACAAGGUGACAAGGUAACAGGGUAACAAGGUAACAGUGUAACAGGGUAACAAGGUAACAGGGUUACAGGGUAACAAGGUAAGCGAGUGACAAGGGUAACAGGGUAACAAGGUAACAGAGUAACAAGGGUAUGGUAACAGGGUAACAAGGUAACAGGGUAACAUGGUAACAGGGUUACAUGUUAACAGGGUAACAAGUUAACAGGGUAACAAGGUAACAGGGUAACAAGUUAACAAGGUAACAUGGUAACAGUGUAACAAGGUAAACAAAAUAACAAGGUAACAAGGUAACAGGGUAACAGAGUAACAACAUUACAGAGUAACAAGGUAACGGGGUAAGAAGGUAACAAGGUGAUAGGGUAUUAUUAUAACAAGGUACAGGGUAACAGGGUAGCAAGGUUAAGGGUACCAAGGUAUACCCUGUUACCUUAUUACCCUGUCACCCAUUUGCCCUUUUACCCUGUUACUUUGUUAAUCUGUUACAUUGUUACCCUGUUACCUUGAUACCUUGUUACCCUGUUAGCUUGUUACUCUGUUACCUUGGGACCCUGUUAGCUUGUUACCCUGUUACCAUGUUACCCUGUUACCUUGUUACCCUGUUACCAUGUAACCCUGUUACCCUGUUACCUUGUUACCCUUUUACCUUGCUACCCUGUUACCCUUUUACCCUGUUACCUUUUUACCCUGUUACCUUGUUACCCUGUUACCCUUUUACCUUGUUACUCUGUUACCCUGUUACCUUAUUACCCUGUUACCCUGUUGCCUUGUUUCCCUUU